CGUCCCCGAAGGGCGGGAAGCGCUCCGCGCCCUUCCUCACCUCAGGACGCGGGCGGCUCCUGCCUUGCGGCGACCCCUCACGGGAGGGGGGGGGCGGUGGCUCCCGCCCGCCGCCAGCGCAGCCCCCUGCCCGCCCGAGCUCCGCCCGCUCGCCGCCCCACCUCCCGCCCGGGUGCCGCCGGAGCCGAGGAGCCGGGCAGCCCGGCGGGUGACCGCUGCACCAUGAGCGCCGAGUGCAGCAGCUACCUCAACGCCGACAAGGUGCUGGUGAGCGGGUUCAGCUGCCCGCGGACGGGCGGCGACGCCAGCGCCGUGUACUGCUGCGGCUUCCAGGACGUCAAGUACUGCUGCGAUGACCCGCACAGCUUCUUCCCCUACGAGCACAGCUACAUGUGGUGGCUCAGUGUUGGAGCACUUGUGGGCCUGUCGAUAGCAGCAGUGGUCCUCUUUGCUUUUAUCAUCACUGUGUGUGUUCUCUGUUAUUUGUUUAUCAGCACGAAGCCACGCAGCAAACUGGAUACUGGUUUAAGCUUACAGAUGGCAGACAGUGAGACCAGAGGGAGUUCAAUAUGUUAAAAAAGAAACAGAGGCACUGGAUGGAUUCUACCAAUGGUGUCAUGAAAAUAGUCCUUAUACAUUGCCCUGAUGCUGACCUUGCACAGGAGUUUCUGCAGAGACUUGAACACAGUCCUUCCACAGAGAAAUCUCUUCUUACUGAUUUACUAGUACAUGAAUAUUCCAUCGUGGCUGUGCGCACAAGAGAUUACAUUCCCCUUAUGCUGCCUUUGGCCUUUUCCUGAUGCUGUCCUGGAUGUACCAGAGCAUAUUAAGGAGGCAGCCCUCGUAACUUAUCAUUUAAAACAAAUUGUUUAGUGAUGAACUGCUAGAAAGGCUCCUGUGUGACCAAGGGUAAAAGCAGUGAACUGUCUGGUGGGUUGUUUAGGUUAGCAUCCCUUGAUUCCUGGGGAUGCUAUCUACAAGUGCUGAGUCAAGUCUGAUAAAGAACUGAAGAGUAUUAUCUUGCAAAAAGUGAAGUUUCAUAUACUGACUUGAUUUUUGUGCUGAAAUCAUGUUUGAAGAUCAAACUGCCUAUGGCACAGACCAUGCAAAAUAGUAUUUAAAAUGUAUGCCAGUACGGGUGACUUCUACUUCAGACUUAAGAGGAAUUUAUGAAUAAUGCAAAAGAUUUCAGAUGGAAUGAAACGUGCAUUUUACUUUCUGUAGGGGGUGAAAGCUCAUGGCUAAACAGCCACAGAAUGUGAGAAUAGCUGUACAUCAGCAAUGUCUGUCACAGGGGAAACAAAAAUAAGUGGGCUUGUUUGCUCAGCAGCUGUUAGAUGAACAGGAAAGUAAAUGUGCCAGAGUUCCUUGCUUCGUGUCUUUUCUCUUGUACCCUUAAAAAGAAAGUCACCCUGUGCAUUGUAAGUGCAAAUGCGUCUUUCUCAAGCACUAUUAUCAGUAUAAUAGGUUGGUUUGGGCUGCUUGUCCUCAUGCAAAUACUUCAGUGUAACAAAAACUCAUUUUGAAACUUCCAUCUCCACACUUAUUUUUUUCUUACUGCUGUUGCAAAUGAAACGGCUUGUGGAACUAAAAUGCCACAGGAAGACUACAAAGGAUCCUGCAGUCAGAAAGUCGUCUGUGGUGAGAAAAUCCACAAAUAUCUGAGGCAGGCGCUAGGUGCUGAGCUGAGACCUCAGUUCAGAUAGAGAGCUGCAUCCUUCGCAAGGCCCCACCAAAACAAGUUGUUGACAAAGCCAAGUGGCUUGAAGAGAUUUCCUGAGCCACAAGGAUGGACUGUGACUGUAAGCCACAAGAUCCUGACUCACUCUGCCAGAGGAGUUUCCUGGCUGUUACAACCACUGUUGAUAACCAGAGGCCAAUCUAAAGCUGUGCCAGGAUAUGUGUUUGUGUAUGGUUUCAGUACUGAGAAGUAGUAAACUUUGAUUUGCACACACCAGCUCCUGCUGCUAGUCAUUUUCAUGUAAAAUGUUGUCUUUACCCUGUGCAGUUCCAGUGAGGUAACACAGUUGUCAAGCAGAACAGAAUCUGGCACACCAUGUUGACCAAGCUUUGUUUUAAGCUUUCCCUGUAUGCUGUCUUCAUGUGGUGUCUCUGCAUCACGAAUAUGAUUGUCUUUUAGCCAAGUGUAAUUGUUCGGUGCACAAACAGAUGUGAACGCAGUACCUCAAUAAAAUCUGGCAUUUGCUGUGUUGUAUUCUUAA